GGUAAGAAUUUUGUAUACUCGUAUAAAACAAUAUUAAUUAAAAUGAAGAAUAAACUUUACAUAUCUGUGUGCUUCCAUAAAAUAUUUAUGAUAACAAGAUAAUGUCUAUAAGUGAAUGAAAUAGCAUUGGUAAUGACAUUCGAUAAGAGGCAAUCAUCGAAAGCAAAUAUAUAUACAUACGACUUGCAAAUCAAUCAUAAGCGAUAUCUAGAUGUUUUGAAACAAGAUUUUGUCAAGAAUUAUUCAAAUCCGAUAAUAUACUCAAAAUCGGUUAAUGAUUUCGAUCUGAUCCAAGCAUUAGGAUGUGGAUCAUUUGGAACAGUAUUUCUUGUUCGUGAUAAAGUUACUUUUGUAUACUAUGCUAUGAAAGCAAUUGAAAAAAGUAAUGUUAUAAAAAAGAAAUGUCUUAAACAAGUGCUUUUAGAAAAGAGAAUUUUACAGAGUGUUAAUUUUGCUUUUGUGAUUACUCUUGAUUUUUGUUGUAAAGAUAACUUAUAUAUAUAUUUUCUGUUGUCAUAUGAAGGUGGCGGUGAAUUAUUUGCUUUGAUAAGGAAAUUAGGGUCUUUGUCAGAAUCAUUAACACAUUUUUAUACUGCACAAAUUGUUUUGGCAUUAGAAUAUCUUCAUCAUUGUUCAAUAAUACAUCGAGACGUGAAACCAGAAAAUAUUCUAAUUAAUGAAUCAGGUUACAUAAAAUUGGCAGAUUUUGGUUUUAGUAAAAUUGUAAAAUCUCGAACAUGGACCAUAUGUGGUACACCAGAAUACUUAGCGCCUGAAAUAGUAAUGUCUAAAGGUUAUUCAUAUCCUGUAGAUUGGUGGGCAUUGGGAGUUCUAAUAUAUGAAAUGAAUGCUGGCUAUCCUCCUUUUUAUAGUUCAGAUACUAUGAAAUUAUAUGAGAAAGUAUUUGCUGGACAGUUUAAAACACCAGAUACAAUGACACCCCAAUGUAAGUCUUUAGUAAAAGGUUUAUUAGAAGUUGAUCCAACGAAGCGUCUAGGUUCUCUUAAAACAGGAGUGUAUGAUAUAAAAGGUCAUCCAUGGUUUAAUGACACAAAUUGGGAUGCAAUACUACAUCAUAAAAUGUUACCGCCUUUCAUUCCAAUUUUUAAAAAUCCAGGAGAUACCGGGAAUUUUAGAAAAGUGGAUGAUUUUAUCUUAAAGAGAGCUGAUCAAUGUUUAUUUGAGAAAGAGUUCGAGAAUUUUUAA